AUGUCUGCAAAUUUUGAAAUCCCAACCACCAUGAAGUCUGCCGUUAUAGGAGGUGACAAAGCCGUUGUUAAAGAAGGAAUUCCACUACCAGAAUUGGAAGAGGGUUAUGCUUUGGUUAAAACAAUUGCUGUUGCUGGUAACCCAACUGAUUGGAAACAUAUCGACUAUAAGUUAGGCCCACAAGGUUCUAUCAUUGGCUGUGAUGUUGUUGGUCAAAUUGUUAAAUUAGAAUCAAAUAUUAAAGGCUGGGCAGUUGGAGAUUUUAUUUAUGGGUUUGUACAUGGCUGUUCAAUCAGCUUCCCUACAAACGGUGCUUUUGCGGAGUAUACCGCUGUCGAUACUGCUACUGCUCACAAACCAUUAAAGAGUAUGAAGUUUGCAGAUUCAGACAUACCAGAAGGUCUGAUUUCUACCUUGGAGGGAGCAGCUUCUUUGCCACUUUCCUUAACCACUGCAGGUAUGGUAUUGACCCAUAAUUUAAGGAAUAGAUUGGAAUGGAGACCAGCUGCUGUCCAACACAAUUUCCCACUAUUGAUUUGGGGUGGUGCUACUGCAAUUGGUCAAUUAUUAAUCCAGUUGGCGAAUAAUUUACAUGGUUAUACCAAAAUUAUCGUUGUAGCCUCCAAGAAACACGAAGCAAUUUUAAAGGCUUAUGGUGCUGAUGAAGUUUUUGAUUAUCAUGAUUCGGAUGUAAUCCAUCAAAUUAAAUCCAAGUACAACAGCAUUCAGCAUCUAGUUGACGGUGUUUCCAACCCACAGACUUUGAACCAAGUCUAUCAAUGUGCUGCUGAAAAUGAAAAAGCAACUGUUAUUCAAUUGGUUACAAUGUCUAUUGAAAAUGUAGAAAAGACAUUGAGAAGAGACAAUGUCGUAGUUAGUGGUACCAUGGUGUACUUGGCUGCUGGUAAAGAGGUCCCAUUUGGUGCUCAUUAUGAACCUGCUGAACCAGCUUAUAGACAAUCCCCAAUUAAUUUUGUUCAUUUCAUUAACCCAAGGCUUAAUAAUGGGGAAAUUCACCAUAUUCCAGUUAAAACCUUCAAAAAUGGGUUAGAAGAUAUUCCAGCCCUUUUACAAGGUAUCAAAGAGGGUAAGAAUUCUGGUGAAAAAUAUGUUGCUGUAUUGUCAAACUAA